AUGUCAGAUAGAAACGAGAUCGAGGAGAUCGAGGAAGCCGAAAAUACUGUUGAUGUAUCGGCAUCACUAUCCAAUUCACCAACACUUGCACUUAACGCAAAAUGGAUUUCAUUUGCCCACACUUUUCUUGCUAGCCUGUCAUUUCUUGCCGCAUUGGUAGUUGGAGUGUAUCUCCAUUAUCACAAGAUUGUCGAGAAUGCAUCUUUUGGGUACCCUGACGAAUCGAUGCCUAGUGUAUCAGCAACCAUUGGUGAUCGGUACCCUGAAAGAAACGUUUUUCAAAUCAUUAUUGCUUUAACUGCGGGUCCACGUUUUGCCUUGUUAGCAUUGAAUUUCAUCACACUUUACAAACAAAGCUCUUAUUUACCAUAUAUCGGGUUAAUUGCAGGGCUCUUACGAACAUUCACCGCUGGUGGAUGGAUGUACAUUACAUCUACAGAUGACCAUGAUGCUCAUGAUGUGUUCAUGAUAAGUUAUAUGGUAUUAACCAUUCCAUGGACGGUCUGCACUACAUUAUUAUCGCCGAGACACUCGUUUCAGCGCAAAGCGAGAUUUUACUCGGCUGUCGGAUUCUUUAGCACCAUUGUUCCUUUGAUUUACUGGUUCAUUCAACACAAAGUGCACGUGCGUGCAGGAGCAUAUUCCAUAUAUGCAUACUUUGAGUGGGGAUUAAUUGCUUUGGAUAUUCUUUUCGAUAGUUGGUCAUAUAUUGACUUUCAAACAAUCAACAUUUACAUCCUGGGAAGCGGGGUCAAAUUCACCAUGAGCCAGCAAAAAAAAAAAAAGUCCGAUCAAAUUUUUUCCAAAAAAGCAGACAAGAUAGAAGAGACAAAAGAAGCGGAAAAUAAAAUUGGUCAAAAGACUGUUCCAAGCUCUGUUGAGUUUACGGAUAUCGAAGCUGCAGUCAACUUGGUCAACUCCUACAUGUUUUGGACAGUUAUCACUUCAUUAUUUGUCAGUGUUUGGUAUUUUCCAUUAUGGGACUUGGGCUUAACGGGCUAUGAGGCUGUCAUUGUUUCUUUAUUUUUGGCACCUCUUGUCCUUUUACCUACAAGUUUGAAACGAUACUUUGCAGCUGCGCCAUAUCUCACUAGAUCAUUAACAGUUAUCCUAGGAAUCGGUGCUUUCAAAGUUGAAGAUCCGGAAAAGAGAUUACUUACCAUAACUGCAGGCACAGUUUUUGCAGUGAUAUCUUUUGUCAAUGAGUUUUGGUCAUUAAGCUCGCAUCCAAAGAAAUUGCAUUCGUACAUCUCUACACUCACUUUAGGUUUAUUAGCAACCUCGGUGUUGAAAUUUCUCAACUAUUCCAACAAUCCGCUUUGGCCAAUAAUGCACAACGAGAAUGGUGGAUGGAACAAUCUGGGAAUUUUUGUUGGUUUGCUUGCGUCAUUAUACACUCCAGUAAUCAAGCCGCCAGUAGUUGUGCACAAUGAAGGAGGAUCCGUUGUACUAGGUGCGUUGGGUUUGGGUGGGUACUUUUUUUCACUCCAAGCAUUCUUGUCCGAUUCGGGCACAUUGGCUCUUUGGACGUGGGAGGGUUUCCCAGUUAGAGGCCCAACUCCAAUAACGGGUGCUCUUCCUCACAUUGCAGUUUUUGCAUUGGCAAUAUUAAUUGCAACUAGAGCGCACCCAAAUAUCUUUACUAGUUGGAGCUAUAAUUUGAUUAUUGGAGCUGGUAGUGCCACGGCGACUUAUUUGUUUAAAGGCUGGACGGGCUAUAUUGGCGCUUUGCUCUAUGUCUUUUAUUUGGCAACUUUAGCACCGGUUAUUUUGCAAUCAAUAAGUGGGUAUAACCCAUCAGGGGUUUUCUUUAUGGGGUUUUUAACUAAUAUAUUUCUUUCCCUUGCAAGUAUCUGGAUUGUGGCGUAUGCAUUUGUUCCUUAUGGUCCAUUACUUAGAGAACGUACCGAUUUGAUCUUGGGAAGCUCACUUUUUUUAACAUACUUGGGUGUUUCUAAUUACAGGUUAAGAAUGGAGAGGUUAACUAAAAUCGACUUUUGUGGAGCUAAAACCAUCAAACAAAUAACAAAACUUAUUGUUAUUAUUUUAAUUAUUGCAGUUACUGCUGGUAUCAAGAGAGUGCCAACGGGUCUCAACCGUCCAUACAAUGCAAACUCGGAGUCUUUUACUGCUGGUAUUUGGUGCGUCCAUUUCGGGUUGGACAAUGAUAUGUGGUCAUCUGAAACAAGGAUGAGAGAUCUUAUUCGUGAUGCCGAAGUUGACAUCAUUGGACUAUUGGAAACAGAUACUCAAAGACUUAUUGGUGGUAAUAGAGACUUUACACAAAAAAUUGCUGAGGAUCUUGGAAUGUAUGUGGAUUAUGGUCCAGGACCAAAUAAACAUACCUGGGGAGCAGCACUUUUGUCCAAAUUUCCUAUUCUUCGAUCUAGUCAUCAUCUUCUUCCUUCUCCUGUGGGUGAACUCGCUCCAGCAAUCCAUGCUACAUUGGAUAUUUACGGAGAAGAAGUGGAUGUUGUUGUUUUCCAUUCGGGACAAGAAGAAGAUGUUGAAGAUCGAAGGUUGCAGAGUUUAGGGGUUGAGGAGAUAAUGGCCAAUUCAGAAAAGCCAUUGGUUUUGCUCAGUUACUUAGUGACCGAUCCAUUGGUUGGCAAUUACAACACUUAUGCGUCCCAAAAAUCUAGAAUGCAUGAUAUAGACUCCACCGAUUGGGAUAGAUGGUGCGAAUAUAUCAUGUUUAGAGAUUUGAAGAAAGUUGCAUACGCAAGAAUUUCAAGAUCUACAAUUACAGAUACUGAAUUGCAAAUUGCCAAGUUCAAACUUCUUACAAAUGAAGAGAAGCAAGAUUUUGACUAUGAUUUCAUCUACGGAAAUAAUUUUGUUGAAGAGGACGAGGUCGAGGAAAGUUUAAGAAUGCCGCAAAUGUUUUACGGUGAUGGAGUUAGAGGGCACCGAUACCAUGUCUUUGACAAGCCUAAAUAUUUCAGAACCUGA